CAUUGCGUCCCUCCUUGUUGCCCGUUUGUGGGAUGGGUCUGCCCAGGGCCUGUCCCCAGGGCAGGGGGCCCCUGGACCAAUGGCGAUCCCAUGGACUAACUCCCUUGCCUCCGUCGAUUUGUCUUUUUUUGGACAUGCCACGAGGACGACGCGUCUAAGGAAGGCACGGAGCACUUUGUACCUUAACCCCUCUUCUUGACCGGCGCACCGAACCGAUCCGGCCGCCGACUUAUUAAGCACACAUCUACGUUAAAAGGAGAAGAGUGAGGGGUAAUGGCUUUAGAAGUCUUCCUCGGCGAGUGGGUGUCUAAAAACGGAUCACGUCGGACACAUCCGCUGGUCUGGCGGUGACACUGCGCAUUCGACCAUGCAGUUGCAGGGGGGGCAUUAUCAUGCGCCCGCUUCUGCCCACCUUCAUCCGACAGGGCCUUUUGCUUACCAGUCUUCCCAAUUGGCCAACAGGCUGCCCAUACGUCCUCGUAGGGCGUUUCAGCCCUCCCUGGCCUGCCUUAGUCCCAUGGGUCAGGAUGAUCAUGAGCCAAGCAAGCACCAUGCUCUCCCUCAGAUCAAUCCGUGAGUCGAAAUCAUGGAUGGAUAUGGUGCUGUGUGUCGCAUCACUCUUACACGGGUUCAGUGUUCGACGACGCUUCACGGCCCGAUGGACGAAAACCAC